UUUUCUGACAGAACCACUUGGGCAAAAGUUUAUGGCACCAAAUAUAGCAGGGGCUAUGCCAUCAUUGUUGACAUUCGGCAUGGAAUUCCAAGUUUUGGAGAAAUAAAGGAAGUCCUCAUUUUAGAUGGAAGUGAAGUCCUGUUGCAAUAUACAGCCUUGAGUGUCCUUGAAUACGUCACUCAUUUAAACGCCUACAAGGUUACACCAGGAAAUAAAGUGUCCUACAUAAAGCAAGCUGAACUUGUUGAUUUCCAUCCCCUUGGGAAGUGUAGAGGUUUUGGUUGCUAUGCCAGUAAUUUCUUUGUGGUCCUAAAAUACAGAAUUGACUGUUUGCAAUAA